AUGGGCGACAAUGGCAACAAUGGCAGGAACGGGCAGUCCUCCGCCGCCCCAGCCACACGCGCCACACGUGCAUCCGCCACCGCCAUCCCCAGCCCCAGCCACACCGGCAUUCGCAGCCUCCCGAAGGGGGAAGACGAGCUCCCUCUCGGUCUGCAGGUCUCGACGAUUGGCGGUCGCGCCGUGUCUGUGUCUGUGUGUGGUCUGCAGGGCAGUGCCCCCCGAGAUGGUCCUGUUCGAGUGAAAGGGAAGGCGUCCAAGAAGAAUCCCCCGUCUGCUCCUCCCCAGUCUGCUGGUCCCCGGACUCGCAGUGCCCAUUGUGAGCUGGUCUCCGCGUUUGAGUGGGAGGCACUGGAUAUUGCUAAGCGCAAGCUUCUUCAUCUCUCCGCGACAGGGCAGGCCCAUUCCGCGUUUGCGUCCGUUGGCAAAGAGGCGGCCGUCAUGUCGCGCAAUCGUCCUAGGGGCCCUCCCACCAGCCGGGAUAACGGCCUGGCGGCGAACGAGGAGACAGACAUGUGGAACAAGAUCAUCCAGGACCUGCGCAAGGCCAAGGAGAAGAACGACAAGCAGAGAGCCCUUAGUGAGCAGAUUGCCAGUCUGAACGAGAAGAUUGCAAGAGAGGGCAAUAGACCAACACUAAGCGAGUACAACCAACUGGACAGUUGGUAUCGCCAGCUGCUGAAGCUGAGUGAGGAGGAAAAGGCCAUCUUGCAGGAGGAGCCCUGCGACGUGAUCAAGAACCUGGGUCUUCUGACUGCGCUCCGGUCGGCCUCAGAAGCGGAGGCGCCCUUGAGUCGGGCUGCGUCCAUUCCCAAAUCCAGUAAGAUAUAUGCUGAGACGGAUGGCUCUGCCAUCCCUGCGCCACGCCCGUCUAACUCGGUUCUAUCAGAUAAACUCAAUCGAGUCAAGGGCAGCACGCAACGCAGCUCGAGCGUCUCGAGCGCGCACACCCGCGAUGGCCGGGACGGUGUCUCCGUCAAAGUGGAGGAGGGUGCCGAAGGCGCCAAAGGCACCCCUGCGGAGCGGAGCGGACAGUUCUUCAUUGGCGCCGAAGUGGUUUUCAAGCACAACAAGAACAAGCAAGGCGUCGAGGGUGAGGGCAUUCAAUGCAUCAUCAAGGGGAUUUCGGGAGAAGGGCAUAAGAAACGGUAUGAUGUCCAGGACCCGGAGCCCAAUGAGAAUGGGGAGCAGGGAGCCGUCUAUCGGACAACGGCGGCGUCUUUGAUUCCCAUUCCCCAGCCCGGCGCGCCCUUGCCCUCGUUUCCCGUGGGCAAGCAGGUGCUGGCCAGGUACCCGGACACGACGACAUUUUACCGUGCCGAGGUGAUGGGCUCCAAGAAGGAUGUCUACCGGCUGAAGUUCGAGGGCGAGGAGGACGACAAGGAGAUGGAGGUGGACAAACGGUUCGUUCUGGAUAUUCCGGGGAAGUAG